GCCUGCCUGCCUGCCUGCUUACGGAGUAGUUAAUUAAUUGAGUAAUCAGGAGGGGUAAACAUCAAUCAGCAGCCUGCCUCCGCCCACCGCCAGCUGCAUCCCCAUUCCUCCAACUCCAAUCCCUCGUCGGACCCAGGUGUAGGUGAGGCGCCAGGAGGAUCUCCAAUCCCUGCUUUCUUUCCCCGCCUCCUAAGAUUCCUCCUUUUCUUCCCCCUUUUCCUGCACCGCGCCGCCCAAUCUCGGGCUUGAGCCGCCGGAGGAGGGGGGCUUGCUGCCGACGACUGGGGAGGAGCGACCGGCUACCUAGAAGAUGUUCAAGCUGCAUCGCCACCGCUCCUCGGACCGCGCCGGCGAGCGCUACGACUUCAGAUUCUCCAACUUCCGCGCCGUCCAGCCUUGCUGACGUACCUACAACCAGCACUAAAGGAAAUGGGGAGAGACCCUACUACUUUACUGCUCUACCUCAUAUGCAAUCGCUUUGCUCGCCUCCAUCCGUCAUAGGCUCAAGUCACCUGUGAUGCUUACGGCCAAUUCUUGUGAUAUACCAUGCCACCGGUGUGCCCAGUGCUUCUGCCUUGUUAAUUUCCUUCCAAAUUCACUUUGUCAUUUGUACUGUGUACUCUUGCCCCUUUUGAAAUUAUUAUGCGCUUCUUCUUGCCAAUGAUGCUUUCUCCAGACAGACAAGUCACUCCUGUUCAUUUUAAGCGCACUCUAAUUACGGUAAAGGGGAAGGAAUACCACACUGCUCAAGCGCGUGGCUACUUGUUUUCGUGCAUCAAAUCCGCUUUUGUGUUUUUUCUUGCAUAACACGUCCGGUUUCGUACGCAUUUUCUGCUAUGUAUGCGCUAUACGUGCUCGCAGGUGUUAAUCCCUUAUCCAUUUGAGGUGUUCUACAGGUCCCUGCAGUAUCAGACAGGCUCUUCCUUUCAAUAGUCUCAGUGGAUUCUGGAAAAACAAUUGCAAAGUCCAGUAAAGCAGCUUCUCGAAGUGGAAUAUGCCAAUGGCCUGACACCGUAUUGGAACCAAUAUGGUUUUCCAAGGAUGAAGUCUCCAAAGAGUAUGAAGAGUGUCAAUACAAGAUUAUUGUUUGCUUGGUAUGCAAUACGGAUCAACGAAAUCUGGCAUUCUUGGGGAGAUUUUUCUAAACCUGUCUAAUUUUCUGAAUUUGGUGGAUCCAACUGCUAUCUCCUUGCCACUGAAGAGAUGCAACUCUGGAACAGUUUUACAGCUUAAGGUUCAAUGUCUUGGCACAAAGUCUAAGCUGAGUGGUGUCAGAUCAUUGAGAGACAUGUCUCCCCGUCUUGAGGACCGUAGUCCCACGCCAACCAACGAUGACAUGGACAACAGAUCAGAUUGCUCCGAUAGUAUGUUCAACAGGGGUGUCCAUUCUUCAUCAGAGAAUCAUUUGGGUGCAACUUAUCAAGAUGAACCUGGGAACAGGGAAACAAGUUUCUCAGCAUCAGGGUCCCACCGGAGUUCUAAUUCUGGAGAUAGUACUGCAGAUAGAACAAACUUCUCUCCUAGAGACAACUCUAACGGAGGACUUUAUGUGGGAAGGCAGGAUUCUGCUAGCUCCCAUGCUAGUUAUGUUAGUGCUGGCCGUGGUGAUGAUGGAUUUAGAUCCAACAAUUCAUCUUUCAGUUCUCGGGCUUCAGGUCCAACUAUGCUACAAGGGAGUACUCCAAAAACAUUUGCAAACGGCCUUUCUCAGUUAUCUAUGGGGGCAUCUGACUCAUCUAAAGAUCUUCUUGAAGCUGCUGAAGAAACAAUUGAGGAACUCCGUGAUGAGGCAAAAAUGUGGGAACGACAUUCUCGCAAGUUGAAGGCUGAUCUAGAGCUGCUGAAGAAGGAAUGUUCUGAAAAAUCAAAGCAACAGGCUGAGCUAGCAGUUGAGCUGUCUGCUGCACAAGCUGAACGGGAUUCCUAUAGACAUGAAAUUGAAGAAUUAAAGUCAUCCUUACAGGAUGUAAACACACGACAAACAAUUACAGGAACACCUAAGCGUACAGACUGGAUAGACCUGCAGAAGGAACUUGAAGAGGAGGUGAAGUAUCUGAAGGAAUCAAAUGCAGACUUAACCAUACAAGUAAACAGGACUCAAGAGGCAAAUAUUGAGCUUCUUUCUAUUCUUCAGGAACUUGAGGAGACCAUAGAAGAACAGAGAGUAGAAAUAUCUAAGAUUUCAAAUGUCAAGCAGACUGCUGAUCCGCAAAAUGGGUUGUUAGUCAAAGAAGACACGGAGUGGGCUAAGAAACUAUCAACGAAAGAGGAUGAAAUCAAAAUGCUGAGGGAGAAACUGGAUCAUGCUCUUAAUGUUGGAAAUGCAGGUGGGGCAGGUUCCAGUGCCAUUUACCUGGAAUUGGAGAAAGAAAAUGAAAUUUUAAGGGCUAAAAUACAAGAGCUUGAGAAAGACUGUUCUGAACUAACAGAUGAAAAUUUGGAGCUUAUAUAUAAGCUGAAAGAUAAUGAGGUGACAAAAGGGCAGGGUCCUCAUAUUUCAAACAGCAACGACCUGCAAUUCGAGAAGCUUACAUCGCGGAUACAUCAACUGGAGGAGGAACUUAGGAACAAGGAAAUAUUAAGAGAUGACAGCUUUUCUGAGGCAUCAAUGUCUAAUGUAGACGAGUUACAGAGAAAAUGUGCUGACCUUGAGCUAAAGCUGCUAAAGUUUAGGUCUCAAACCUGUGAGCUAGAAGAAAAGUUCCAUAAAAGCCAAGAUGAUUUGGAACAAAGAAAUAUUGAGUUAUCUGAGCUGAGAAGGAAGAUGAACGGUUUCCAUUCAACAGAAUCGGAAGUUAGCGAAUCUGGUGGUACAGGAAAGUACCAAUCUAGAACAGCAGAUCUAGAGGAUACUGAAUCUGAGACAGAUAUGCUGAAGGUGAGGUUUGAACUGCAACUACAGGAAAAUGAUAACCUGCGGCGUUCCAAGGUUGAAAUGGAAAAUUUUAUUUCUGAAAUUCAGGCAGAGAAGAAUCAGCUUGAGCAACGCCUGUCCGCAUCACUUAAAGAAAGCAGCAUCACUUCAAAAUGCUUGGAUGAAGUGCGGCAAGAUAUCAUUGUGCUUUCCAGCAGCAUAGAUUCCCAUGUUUCAGCUAAUAAGGUUCUUGAGAGGAAGAUAAUUGAGCUAGAGAGCUGCAAAGCUGAACUAGAGUUGCAUAUAUCAGAGCUGGAACAGGAAAACAUAGAGCUGUCGGAACGGAUAUCUGGACUGGAAGCACAAUUGACUUACCUGACAAAUGAGAAGGAGUCGAGUGAGCUGCAGAUGCAUGACUCUAGAUCUCUUAUUGUUAAUCUCAAAGAUAAAGUAGAGCGGCAGCAAUCAGAGAUGGAAAGUCAGAGGCUCGAAUUUAAGCAGAAACAACAAGAAUCUCAAAGAAGAUUGUCAGAAGCACAGGAUGAUUCUGAAGUUCUGAGAAGAUCUAAUUCUAAACUACAAUCUACGGUUGAGAGUCUUAUUGAAGAGUGCAGUUCUCUUCAGAAUCUAAUUGCUGAUCUGAAGAAGCAGAAGUUGGAAUUGCACGGUCAUCUUACGCAAAAAGAGCAGGAACUGGAUGAGUCGAAAAAAAGGAAUUUUGAUUUUAGCAAAACAGUGGAAUUCCUUGAGGCAAAGCUCUCUUCACUACAGAAGGACAUUUCUUCUAAAGAGCAAUCUUUAUUGUCAGAACUGGAGAGUAUAUUCCAGGAGCACACGGAACAAGAAGAAAGAAUUAAUCGUGCACAUUUCAUGCUAAAUAAGAUAGAGAAUGAAAAGACUCUUGAAGUAGAGAAUCUUGAGAGGGAGGUCAUCAGCCUCACUGCACAGGUCUCCUCCACACACGAGGAGCGAGAAAAUGCCACACUGGAUGCUAUCCGAGAGGUAUCUGUCCUGCGAGCAGACAAGGCUAAACUUGAGGCCAGUCUCCAAGAUGUCAGUGCACAAUUGCGGCAUUAUGAGUCUCAAUUGGAAGACCUUCGUAAGGAGUCUAAAAAUAAAAUUAAAGGGUUAGUUGAUUCCCUUAAUGCUUCCAAACAGAGUGAGGAAAUGUUGACAGCAGAUGCUGAACAUAUGAAAAAGUUGAUGGAAGCUGCUAAAUCCAACGAAGAUAUGUUAAGGAAGGCUACUAAUGAACUAGAACUGAAGCUUAAAUCCAGUGAUUAUGAGAAACAGCAAAUGCUGGAAGAAAUAUCUGGUCUGAAUCUGCAGGUCCAGAAGAUAAUGAAUCUUCAAGAUGAGGUUUUCAAACUUCAUAGUUCUCUUGAUGAGGCUAAGUUCGAAAAAGGAAAACUGGAGGAGCUCCUGCGUUUGGUGACUGAGGAAUGUGAAGAACUAAAAGCACAGAAGGCUAUGCUAACAGAUAAGAUUUCCGACAUGCAGGAGACUUUAAAAAAUGGUGAAGAAGAAAGACGAAGCAGAAUAGCUAUGCAGGCAAAGCUCGUGAGGUUGGAGAGUGAUCUAUCGGCAUCGGAAGCAUCACAUGUACAUGAAGCAGAACUAAAGAACGAGCUUAGUAGGAUCAAGAGAUCAAAUAGCGAGUACCAGAGGAAGUUACAAUCUCUCGAGCAGGAGAAUGAGGAUCUCACAAGAAGAGUUCAAGUUAUGGAAAAGGGGUUCGAGCAAAUGCCCCACAUUAAAGAAGAGAACCUUGGAAAUCAGGAGACUGGAGGAGAUGAUCAGACUGCCAUUCAGUCAAAAAUUCAGGUGCUGGAAACUAAGCUUGCACAGGCGUUGGAGGAAAAUAAAUUGUACAGAUCUCAACAAAAGAGUCCGAUGCCUGAGGGGCAAUCUGCUGGUGGAGAUGGCAAGGAGGGUAACACUGAUAGGGUUUUGCAACUGGAAGGAGAGCUGAGAGAUAUGAAGGAACGUUUACUCAACAUGAGCUUGCAGUAUGCAGAAGUAGAGGCUCAGAGGGAACGCUUAGUGAUGGAGCUUAAAGCUGUGAAGAAAGGGCGAUGGUUUUAGCGGAAUGGGGAACUAUGGCCUGCCAUAACCUUGAGACUGACAGCACAGAUGAGCACCAUCAAGCCUUGUUGUGUCGUGCAGUGACAAUGUGACAUUUCUGUCAGAUUGUCAUGUGAGAAUGGACAAGCAAGUGCAGAGCCAGAUGCGAUGUACACUGGACUUGGUAGCUGGUGCUGGAGGAUGCGCACCAAGACAGUAAAGGUCUGUGCGAUGUGGUGAACUGUGAGCCUGUGACUACCCCCCACCCCUUGAGGAUGCGGCCCCUACACUAUGAGCUAGCCUGCUGCUCACUAUGAUAUGAUGAUCCCAUUUUAACCUAUUGAUAUUUAUUUGUAAUGGCAUGCCUUUUUAUCUGGUAUAUACGCCAGUUUGUGAUCGAGUUGACUGGAGGGUGAUGGUCAGUUGUUGAUAUGGUAACUCGGUUGACCCUCCAUCAGUUUUAGUACAUGAUUAUUAAGUCAGCAUUAAUUGUUAAUAAAUGUAGUUAGUUUUUUCUUGGUGAGACCAUUGUAGAGGGUGAGUAAGUGCUAGUACAGUCAUUAUGUUACACUCUAUCACACAUUCUGUUGUACUAGUAGUUCGAGUGUACAAAAAUAUUGCUCCUGCAAGGCAGCUGUAAGUUUUCACAGCGAAUGAGAAUGGAUAAUGCUCAAGUUUGCCGUUAAGUA